GAGAGAAUACGGCCAUUACCAGAGCAAAAAUUGAAUGAAUGUUUGGAUAGUCGACUAAAACAACAUGGAUUUUUAUCGGACCAAGUGAAAUUCUUUAUCGAAAAUUCCAAUACUCCAUUACCAGAAAAUUGUGAUGCGAAUUUUCUAGCUGGACAGAAAAUUGUUGUGAGAAGUAAGAAUUUUUUGUUCUCGCUAUUUCUUAUAAGCUGCUUUGAGUUGUCCUCAAAAGUCCACAGUCCCAUUGAGUUCUCAAUGAAUGAUCUUGUUAACUUUGCAUAG